GUAACUCGCAUUGUCUCAGGCAGAGCAGAGUCAUGCGUGGAGUUACAGCUUCACGGACAGCAGCAAUACUAUGUGCAUCUGUAACAGAUUCAGGAUGAGACCAGAUCACAGCAUCGCCUCCGAGACUGUUUGAGCCAUCGGUGUCAGAACAGCAUGUCCCGGUUCACCCGAGGGAGCAAGAACCCGGUGCCGGACGGGCUUAACAUACUCAGCACCGGGCAGCUCCGGGACCUCUUGCAAGAAGAGGAUACAAUGGACCAAAUCGUCAGACUCAGUCAGAAGGAGCUGCAGCUGGAGAGGGACACCAUGCUGACUACCAACCGUAGCCUAGCUGAAGAGUCUCUCUCACUCCGCCCGCGGCUGGACAACGGCAAACUGCAGCUUGCUGGCAAAUACCAGGAGCUGGAGCUGCUGUCGGCAAGCUGUCAGGAGAAGCAGGAGCGCGUUGAUGGUUUUGCACUUGAUUGCAGACGGUUUUGCACUUGA